GCGCACCAAAGGCUGUGUGUGGUGUGGUGUGGUUGGUUGUUUGACCCAAAAUUCUGAGGCAUUUGCACCUUCUGGCAGUCUGUCCGAGUUCAGAGAGUCACUGGCAGCACCGCAUUUUUGGUCUUUCUUCUAUUUUCUUAAGAGCGCGAGAGAGAUACACAAAUUAAUAAACUAAUACCAUGGAAGAUCAACAAGCAAAGAUAUAUUCUUGUUAAUCCCAUUUACAAAGUCUCAGAAACGACGAUGCCUCCUCCUCGAGCCAUCUCCGUUCUGCUUCAGCCCCGAUCCCUCCUCCUCUUCACCGUCCUCACUAUUUUCCUUAUCUUCGUUUUCACUUCCACCCAUCAAAAGGAGGAAGAGAAAGUAGAAGAAGCACCUGAAAUAACCCAUAGAGUAUACCUGGAUAUUGAUAUUGAGGAACAGCGCUUAGGUAGAAUUGUGAUUGGAUUGUAUGGUCAGGUCGUUCCAAAAACUGUUGAAAAUUUCAGGGCAUUGUGCACAGGAGAAAAAGGUAAAGGUGUUAAGGGAAAACUACUCCACUACAAGGGGACGCCAUUUCAUCGUAUUGUAUCUGGGUUUAUGAUUCAAGGUGGAGAUAUCAUUCACGGUGAUGGGAAGGGAUAUGAAUCCAUAUAUGGUGGCACCUUUGCUGACGAGAAUUUCAAAGUGAAACAUUCACAUGCAGGUACUGUUUCUAUGGUGAAUACAGGACCUGACUCCAAUGGCUCGCAGUUCUUUAUCACCACAAUCAAGGCUAGUUGGUUGGAUGGGGAGCACGUCGUCUUCGGCAAGGUUAUCCAGGGCAUGGACAUGGUGUAUGCAAUUGAAGGAGGGGCUGGUACCUACAGCGGAAAACCCAGAAAGAAGGUUGUUAUUGCUGACUCAGGAGAGAUCCCCAAAGACAAGUGGGAUGAGGAAAGAUGACACUCUUUACCAAAGGUUUUGAAGUUGAGUUUACUAGAUUGGUUUUUAGAUGACUGAUACUCAUUUCUUCCCCUUGACCAAGUUCCCUCAGCUUGGGCUUAUCAAUGGAAAUAUUAGUCUCUUUUUGUAAUUGGCAACAGUUGGUAAUACAUACACGCUUGCUGUAGAAAAACAUAGUAGGAAACACCUCUUUUUUUCGUUCUUCUCCAUCUCUUCAGGCUUGUAUAUUCGAGUUUUGACUUUCUGUACGAGUACAAUCAGCUGCUUGCCAUAUUGACCACCUUUUUUCUUGUUGCG